AUGGAUAGGUUUGUAGAAUUUGUAUUCAUUUCUGGUAAAAAAAAAAUCUCUCUUUCUUUCUUUCUUUAUUUCUUUCUUUCUUUCUUUCUUUCUUUCUUUCUCUCUAUCUUUAUUUCUCUUUUUCUUUCUUUCUUUCUACGCUUCGCCUUUCUUUCAUUCUACGCAUUCCAUUUCUUUCCAUUUUUCUCUCUUUCUCUCUUUCUCUUUUUCUCUCUUUCUUUCUUUCUUUCUCUCUUUCUUUUUUAUUUCUUUCUGUCUUUCUUUCUUUCUCUCUUUCUUUCUUUCUUUCUUUCUUUCUUUCUACGCUUUGACAUUCUUUCGUUCUCGGUUUCUUUCUACGCUUCGCCUUUCUUUCAUUCUACGCUUUUCCUUUCUUUCUUUCUUUCUUUCUUUCUCUCUCUCUCUCUUUCUUUCUCUUUUUCUCUCUUUCUUUCUUUCUUUCUUUCUUUCUUUUUUCUUUCUUUCUUUUCUUUCUUUUCUCUCUUUCUUUCUUUCUUUUCUUUCUUUCUUUCUUUCUUUCUUUCUUUCUCUCUUUCUUUCUCUCUUUCUUUUUUUCUUUCUUUCUUUGACUUCACCUGGACUCUCUUCGCUUUGCUUUUCUUUCUUUUUCUUUUCUUUGCUUUCUUUCUUUCAUUUUUCACCUUGCCUUAA